UUAACUCGGAUAAAGAGGUUUGAUUUGACAUGUAAAUUGUAAAAAAUUAGAAGGGUAUAUUAGAAAUGUUACCAUUUAACAGCUAAACUGGCGGCUGCUACAUUGUGCAAACCACAAGGAGGUAAAAUGCCUAAAUUGAUAUGACAGGGGGUUAAGUGCAAUAAGUUGAAACCACAUGGGGUAAAGUGCUAUUUACCCAUGAAUAAGUGAUAGUUAGCCAAUUAUAACCAUUUCUCGAGGGAGUAGUCCAGAGCACAUCAAACAACAGACUCUCUGCAUUUGAGUAGAAUUUUCUUCACAAAAAUCUCUUUAAGAAGAUGAGGAUUUAUGGAAGAGCGGCUAUUCGCAGAGCAAUUUCUGCUAAAUCUUCUACUUAUUACUACGGUAUUUUUGCUGAUCGGCUUUCUUUCUUUUCUUCAAAUUUUCAUAGCAAAGAUAGACUUUUUUCACCUAACCUCGGAAGAGAUUUGAGCUGUGCAAAUGAAGUAGAUGAAGCUAUUUUCUUGUUUCGAAAAAUGGUUAGAAUGCGGCGGCAGCCCCCCAUUUUUGAAUUCACCAAACAAUUGCAAGUUAUUGUCAAUUUGAAACAAUACUCGGUUGCCCUUAACCUGUUCGACGAAAUGCGUCAAUGGGGUGCCCCUAUAGAUGAGUACACAAUGAACAUCUUGAUUAAUUGUUGCUGCAAUUUGAAACGUUUAGACGUUGGUUUUGCUAUCUUCGGCUAUUUCUUUAAACACGGUUACGAGGCAAAUGUGACGACAUUCACCACCCUCUUAAAAGGGCUCUUUUUAGAUGGUAAUGUGGCCGAGGCAGAGAAAUUGUUUAAGCAGCUUUUGACUUUGAGACUUUGUGAACCCGAUGAUUUUACAAUUGUCACUGUGAUAAACGGGCUCUGCAAAAAUGGACACGUUCUUGCUGCGCAUGAUUUGCUUUUGUUAUUGGAAAAGACUAUCUAUAAACCCAAUGUUAUGGCUUAUAAUGCCGUAAUUGAUGGCUUCUGUAAAGUCAGAAUGGUGGAUAAUGCACUUGAGCUGAAGUCUAGAAUGUUUGAUAAGGGCAUUUCACCUGACGUUGUCACAUAUAACUCGAUGAUUCAGGGCUUGUGCGAUUUCGGUAGAUGGAAAGAGGUGAAACACUUACUAAAUGAAAUGGUGAAUCACAAGAUUCCGUUAAAUGUUGUUACUUUUAGUAUACUGGUGGACGCUUUUUGCAAAGAAGGAAAUACUAAAGAGGCUGAGGAUAUUUUGGAAAUUAUGAAGAAACAAAAUAUUAGUCCCGAUAUUUUCACUUACACUGCACUGAUAGAUGGGUAUUGUUUGCACAGGAAAAUGGAUAAAGCGAAAGAGGUAUUUGAUUCCAUGACGAGCAAGGGGCUUAAGCCAUGCAUUGUCACCUAUAACUCUUUAAUCAACGGGUAUUGCAAGAAUGGUAAAGUGGAUGAAGCUUGGCGUCUUUUUCUCGAAGCAUCUUCUAAAGGUUUAGAGCACACGACAGUUACAUAUAGUAUCAUGAUACACGGAUUAUUAAGUGAAGGUAGAAACGCUGAUGGAUGGAAACUUUAUAAGGAUAUGGAAGCUCGGCAUGUACGUCCCGAUUUACGUACUUACAAUAUUUUGUUGGAAGGCUUGUGCAAGACUCAUCAGAUUGCCGAAGCAUUUUCAUUUCUACGGGUGAUGGAAGACAAAGGAUUAAGUCCUAAUAUAAUCACAUACGGUAUCCUGAUUAAUGGUUUAUGCAAAGAUGGGAAACUUGAAGAUGCAAAAAAGUUUUUAAACGAACUUCCUUCCAAAGGGUUGAAACCCGAUAAUCACAUAUAUGCUACCAUUAUUGGUUCACUUUGUGAAGAAGGGUUCGUAGAGGAGGCAAAAGAUUUGCUUAUAAAAAUGGAGAGAAGUGGUUGUGCACCGGAUAGCAUGACAUACAACAUCGUUAUUCAUUGCUUGUUGAAGAAGAAAGAGCUUGACAAGGCAAUGCCAUUCUUAGAGGACAUGCACAAAAAUGGAUUCUUAGCCGACGCAUCUACUUCGUCCAUGUUAAUUAAUCACUUGCAAGGAUCCAAAAAAAAUGAUGUUCUUUUAGAAAUGAUGAAGAAAGUUGUGCCGAAAAUUUAAAUUAUUUAUUUUCGGCUUG